UAUGAAGGUGAAGGUGAAAUCGGUACUGCAGACAUCGUCAUCAUUGUCGUUUACUUUAUCUUCGUCAUCAUUGUCGGUUUAUGGUCCAUGUACAAAACUAACAGGGGCAAUGCAAGUGGAUAUUUCCUCGCAGGCCGAUCAAUGUGGUGGUUACCGAUUGGAGCAUCGUUAUUUGCGAGUAACAUCGGUACCGGACACUUUAUCGGACUAGCCGGAACCGGAGCAACAUCUGGACUGGCUGUAGCAGCAUACGAAGUUAUGUCUGGAUAUGCCAUUCUUCUUUUGGGUUGGAUCUUCCUACCUGUGUACGUCUCAUCGGGGGUGUAUACCAUGCCCGAGUAUCUCCGUGUACGUUAUGGAGGUCAACGACUACGAAUAGCGAUGUCGAUCCUGGCACUCUUCUUGUAUGUAUUUACAAAAAUAUCAGUUGAUAUUUUUGCUGGAGCAGUAUUUAUUCAACAGGCCUUUAAAUGGAAUAUAUAUGCCUCCAUAUUUGUGCUGCUCGCUGUUACUGCUGUCUACACAAUUACGGGAGGCCUAGCGGCUGUGAUAUACACUGACACUCUCCAAGUUGUAAUCAUGCUUGUUGGUGGGUCCUUUCUCAUGGUCACAAGCUUCAUGAAGAUAGGCAGUCUAGAGCGACUGAGACUAGAGUACAUGCAGUCGUUUCCAUCCUCUGUCCUGAACGAUACGGAUACUACCUGCGGAUAUCCGAGACAAGACGCCUUUAGUAUGAUCCGGGACGCAACUACUUCGGAUCAGCCAUGGCCCGGAACCGCUCUGGGCAUCAUGGUAAUAGGAACUUGGUACUGGUGUACUGACCAGGUGAUUGUCCAACGUUCCCUUGCCGCAAAGAACGUCACUCAUGCGAAGGGCGCCUCUAUAGUCGCAAGUUAUCUUAAGUUCCUGCCACAGUUUCUAAUCGUGAUGCCGGGAAUGAUAGCUAGGGUUCUUUACACAGAUGAAGUAGCAUGUGUGGACAGUGAAUCGUGUAUGAAGUACUGCCAAAACCCGACUUCGUGUUCAAAUAUUGCCUACCCACUCCUAAUCCUCAGACUCAUGCCUAUUGGUGCUCGCGGUCUGAUGAUGGCCGUCAUGAUUGCCGCCCUCAUGAGUUCAUUAACAUCCAUCUUCAACAGUGGCAGUACGAUAUUCACCAUGGAUAUAUGGCGCCGCAUUCGUCCAAAUGCGAAGAACCGAGAGUUAAUGAUAGUAGGAAGGCUCUUUGUCCUUGUUCUGGUUGGAAUCAGCAUCCUGUGGGUUCCCAUCGUCCAGGUAGCACAGGGUGGCCAGCUCUUCCAAUACAUCCAGUCUCUACAAUCCUACUUUGCCCCUCCCAUAUUUGUCUGCUUCGUCACCGGGGUCGUCUGGGUCAGAAAUAACGAAAAGGGCGCCUUUUGGGGUUUCAUCAUCGGUGUUGUUUUGGGUGUGAUACGGAUGAUCCUGGACAUCGUCUACCCUGCCCCAGCCUGUGGACUGCAGGACGAUCGACCUUCGAUUGUCAAGAAUGUCCACUUCCUCUACUACAAUUGCAUCGUGACUCUGGUGUGCCUGGUCGUCACUGUGACCGUCAGCCUGAUGACGCCGAAACCUACGAUCAAUCAGAUACUAGGCAAGACUUUCUGGACCCGUGGAAUGAACCCUAAACCAGAACAGCUUACUUUUAGCGACGAAACAAACAACCAUGCAGAGUCAAAGGAAGUCCGCAAGAGAGUCCAACUGCACGAUAACAAACUAGAAGAUCCUACCGCGGAGGGCGUCCGACAGCCUGACCUUUCAUGUCAAGAGCACACCGAGAAAUCAGGCAAGUACCAAAAAGGAUAUAUUUGUUGUAUCAAUGAGAAAAGCCUUAAUAUUUUAGAUAAGAAGGGAAGACAAUCUACAUUUUGUUCAUAAAACUUUCAACGAUGGCAAACUAGAUUUUUCGGACACACUAAUAUUGCUUAGAACAUUGUAGUCUGCCAGAUGUUUCAACAUACUCU